GAGCAGUCCUUCCAUGUAGACGAUCUUUGUGUGUAGAUCUGUUGGAGAAAAGCUCCUCUCCCGCGGACUGCUAUGAUAGAGCUACUGGACAACACUUUCCGUUUUCAGUGCUGACCUCUGCUUUUGGGACAGUUUAGUGACGGGGUUUUUUUGGGGGGGUGGACUCGUUCACAAAGAAAAGCGUCGUUUAUGAGCGCUGUCCAGCCACUUCUUGUUGGUAGCUGCUGGCCUCUCAGGCUAGCUGGCUUAGCGGAACGGUGACCGAGUGGAGCCAGCUGGUCGGACGGAGAAACAGGAACGUUAGCGAACAAGCUAAUUAGCCAAAAACACUGGGCUUGGAUUAUUGCCUUUAAUCAAACAUAGAUAGCAGGUUGUGCAGGCGCAAUUCACUGCGGCAAAGAUGAAAAUAACCGUGGACUUUGAGGAAUGUCUGAAAGACUCCCCACGCUUCAGAGCAACCAUAGAGGAAGUGGAGGGGGAUGUGUGUGAGUUGGAAUCCAAGCUUGACAAACUGGUGAAGUUGUGUAUUGGGAUGAUAGAUGCUGGAAAAGCCUACAACGCAGCCAACAAGCAAUUUGUCAACGGGAUCCGGGAGCUUGCCCAGCAGUCUGCCAAAGAUGAAGUCAUUGAGUCCAGCCUCACAAAGUUUGCUGAGAGUCUGCAGGAGAUGAUCAACUAUCACACGAUAUUGUUCGAUCAGGCGCAGAGAUCAAUCAAGACUCAGCUGCAAACAUUUGUGAAAGAUGACCUGCGAAAGUUUAAAGAAGCCAAGAAACAGUUUGACAAAGUGAGUGAGGAAAAGGAGAAUGCGCUUAUCAAGAACGCUCAGGCUCCUCGCAACAAGCAGCACGAAGUAGAGGAGGCCACCAACAUCCUGACCGCCACACGCAAAUGCUUCCGACACAUUGUCCUCGACUACGUCUUACAGAUAAAUGUUCUCCAGUCUAAGAGAAGAUCAGAAAUCCUGAAAUCGAUGCUGUCCUUCAUGUACGCCCAUCUGACAUUCUUCCAUCAAGGUUAUGACCUCUUUAGUGAACUGCAACCUCUUAUGAAGCAGCUGGGAGGACAGCUGGACCAGCUGGUGGUCGAUGCUGCCAAGGAGAAGAGGGACAUGGAGCAGAAACACUCCACCAUCCAACAAAAGGCUGCUCUGCAGGAGGCGACAGAGCUUGACUUUUUACCAGACCAUCGCAGCUUUUGUGCCUGGAGGUCGACCUCUGAUUUCUCAAAUGACGACACGAAACUGGAGUAUAAUGUGGACGCAGAUAAUGGCAUUGCAAUGGAGGGUUAUCUAUUUAAGAGGGCCAGUAACGCUUUCAAGACUUGGAACAGACGUUGGUUCUCCAUCCAAAACAAUCAGCUAGUUUACCAGAAGAAAUUUAAGGACAACCCGACAGUAGUGGUGGAAGACCUGAGGCUAUGUACAGUCAAGCACUGCGAGGACAUCGAGCGGCGCUUCUGCUUUGAAGUAGUUUCACCCACAAAGAGCUGCAUGAUGCAGGCCGACUCAGAGAAGCUGCGGCAGGCUUGGAUCAAAGCCGUCCAGAACAGUAUCGCCACCGCCUUCCGCGACAAGGGAGACAGCGGCGAGAAGCUGGACAGGAAGUCAUCCACGUCCACAGGGAGUCUGGACUCCGGAGGGGAACCCAAGGAAAGGUCGCUGAAAGGAGAGAGCGCUCUGCAGAAGGUCCUGGCCAUUCCUGGCAACGCCUGCUGCUGUGACUGUGGCCAGCCGGACCCGCGCUGGGCCAGCAUCAACCUGGGCAUCACUCUCUGCAUUCAGUGCUCUGGAAUCCACAGGAGCCUGGGAGUGCAUUUCUCCAAGGUUCGGUCUUUAACUUUGGACUCAUGGGAGCCAGAACUGCUGAAGUUGAUGUGUGAACUGGGAAACAGAGUGAUCAACCAGAUAUAUGAAGCUCGACGAGAAGAACUAGGAGCCAGAAAACCACAGCCAGGAGACCCCAGACACGAGGUGGAGGCUUACAUCAAAGCCAAAUACGUGGAUCGACGUUUCGUCCGCCGGCCGUCGGAUGAGGAGCUUCGUAACAAGGUUGUUUCUCUGAGCAAAGAGGAGAAGAGGCUGAGCAGCAGCUCGGACCACCUGCCGCCUAAAGCCCCUCCGCCCACUCCCAAACUUCGGCCAGGCUCUCAUGCGUCUGGACAGUCAGCUGCUGCCUGCGGCAAAGAGGCCCGCCGCGACUCUCUCUUCUGUCCUGAUGAGCUUGACUCGCUCUUCUCCUACUUUGACACGUCCUCCAAGCUCAGGAGCAUGAAAAGUGCAGACAGCGGCAUUCAGAACAGCGCCGAUGGGAGCAGGGAGAUGCUGGCCACCACUCCGUCCAGUAACAGCCUGGCAGAUGCAGAAGCUGCAGAGGCUCCCCCCGUGCCCGCCACGCUCCCGACCGCGUCGCCCUGUAAGGAGGUGGUUUUCUUCGAGCCGAAGGAGUACAGCCCGGGUCUGCAGCUCUACUGGGCGUCCUUCAGCCGCAGCCUGCCGGACAUGGCCGAGGCUCUGGCCCACGGCGCCGAGGUCAACUGGGUCAACACCGAAGAGGACAAGAGGACGCCACUCAUCAUGGCAGUGCAUGGGGGCUCGCUGGUCACCUGUGAGUUUCUGCUCCAAAACGCAGCGAAUGUGAACCAGCUGGACGCUCAGGGCCGAGGGCCGCUGCACCACGCCACCAUGCUGGGACACACGGGCCAAGUCUGUUUGUUCUUGAAAAGAGGAGCAAAUCAAAACGCCGCCGACAUUGACGAGAAGACGCCGCUGAGCAUAGCAGUGGAAGCGGCAAACGCAGAUAUUGUCACGUUAUUGCGGUUGGCCAAGAUGAACGAGGAGAUGCGGGAGGCGGAGGGGCCAUACAACCCAUCAGGGGACGAAACCUACCAGGACAUCUUCCAGGACUUCACCCACAUGGCCUCAAACGACCCGGACAAGCUGAACCGCUACCAGCAGUACGACCCUCAGAGACCCUGACGCUGCGGCGCUACCGCAGCCCAGGUCAGACUUUCACCACUUCAAAAAAAAAAAAAAAAAACCUAGAGGCCUGGAGUGACGUCGGCUUUCCUUGCAGGAUCAUUCGGAAAGAAUCUCAUGUCACUUCUAGUUUUUGUAAGAGUCUGGAAGCAGUUUGGUCAACUGAAUGGAGAAAAAAAAAACCCCUCAUUCAUUCGUUUGCUUUUCAGUUUGACCUUCCUGCUGCCAGCCAAUGGUACAGUGGUAAAGCUGUUUGAAAGGAUCUCAGAUGAAAACUGAACUCUGAAUGUAGAGCAGUCAUCGUUCUUUGACCAAGUUUAACUUCUCCCAUCCGGAUGUGCGAAACAUAUGUAGAGAAGUUAUGGGGGGGAAAAAAGCCUUUAUUGUUUUUCAUGAAAGGUUUGGCCUGUACAUGCUUUUACUUUAUUUGCACAAGUCUCUUCAUGUACUGGAAGCAAGCCUGUUAAUAUUUCAUUUGUGAUUUUAAAACAUUGAUUUAAGUAGUAGUAGUAGUAGUUUUAAUGUUUUUGUGCCUGCAGAUUGCAUCAUUGGAACAUUUGGGGGUUGGGGGGGGGAACAUUUUAUCUUAGACUCUUGAACUAAAUGUUGUGGCAAGAAAACAUCAGCCAAACAUGUUAACUGACAAGUUUUCUUCCACAUCAAUAACACACCAUAAAAAAAGACAAAGCUACUUUCAGUACUGAAAAGGUGCCACACUUAAAAGUUUUGAGUCAUCAAAUUUAAUAAUCAGGUGAGUAAAUGCAGAAUAUGGUUUAUAUAGAGGGUAAAUCUACUCAAAUCAACUUAUCCUCCCCAGAGCCAAUAUCUGGCAGAAAAUGGAAUAUUUUCCCAGAUGUUUUGGGAUCCUUAAGCUGUUUUUUUUUGUUUGUUUUUUUUGCGCUAAUAUGAGUCGGGUCUUUGAGUUCUUUUUCCCCCAGUCUCUUUCUUCCUGUUGAAUCGUGAACUUUGACCCUAACCAGGGCACUGGAGGCCUGCUCUUGCUGCUCUUUGAGUGGCUUCUCUUCUCCAUGUUUUCUCCUGUUUUGAAUAAUGACUUUACUGGAAUUCACUAGAAUAAAGAUAAUAAAUAAAAAAUAAAUAACGUUU